UUUUUUUUUAAAUGACGUAUGUGCUUGGAGAUUCCUUAACGGUAUUUUACAGAUUUUAAUGUUAAAUUUAACAGAAUCAGCCUCAACUAACAAAAAAAAUAUAAAUCAGUGAUUAAUUGUCCCUUUUAAGUAAUAUAGGCUUUAACUUAUAUGUGUUAAAUAAUUACCGAAAAUUGCAAAGGGCAAGGCAAACAAGGAAAAUCAAUAAUCAGCCACUCCUCGAAAUUAAAGGACCUUUGCUUCUUAUAUUUAUGAUCCUGAAGUUCAAAUGAAUGCAAUGAAAGAACCUUCGCCUCCAGUAUCAGCCAUGGCCACUCCAACCAACAGUAGUGGCAAUUUGGUUGAUGAGUUCGAGGAGGCUUUUCAGUCUUGUCUCAAUGUCCUCACAAAAGAAGAAGCCGUCCCCACCACAGACAAAGAUGAAAUCAAAGUGGAAGUUGAACAUACAAUGCACAGAUUUAUAGAUUUGGCAAGGCAAAUGGAAGCAUUUUUCCUACAAAAGCGAUUUUUACUGUCAGCAUUGAAGCCCGAAAUGAAUGUAAAGGAGGACGUCAAUGAGCUGAGGCUGGAGUUGGUCAGGAAAGAUGAACUUAUUAAGAGGCAUUACGAAAAAAUCUCUGUUUGGCAGAAUUUGUUGGCAGACUUACAUAGUUAUGCUAAAAGUCCUGCGCAAGGUGGCUCAACGACCCCUUCAGGACCAGCUACAGCAGGCAGCGGCACCUCAUCCAUCCCCCCAUCUCCAAUACCGUCACUGCCAAGUACCCAAAACGCCAACCAACUGUUAUCAAACAUGACUUCUUCCAUGCAACAGUUGCAACAGCAGCAGCUACAACACCAACAGCUCCAGAUGCAGCAGCAACAGUUGCAACAGAUGCAACAAAUGCAGGUCCCUCCUGGUUUGAGUGGAGGAAACGUGGCCCCUUCGCUGCUAUCGCCGCCGCAUCCUUCCGCUUUCAUGCCUCAGGGGGGCGAGGUCAACAGGGCAGGAUUUUUCGUGAAAGUCGACCCCUCGGAAAUGAUGCAGGGUUCAUUGAGUUAUUUGGAGAAAACCGCUUCUAAUAUUGAUUACGUAGGAGGAAUGGUGGAAGGUCGGAGGUGACGAGGACGCGGCAGAGGUCGGGGUAGAGGACGCGGCAGAAGCCGGGGACGCGGACGACCGACCUCCUCAAUGUCGCCAGAUUACUUUUCUCCCUAGUUAAACCUCCCCGAAGCCUGGUUUUGCGAUAAUUAUUAUUGACGAUUAAAAAUCUGUGUCAAUAAUAAUAUGAGGUGAGUCCAAACAAGCCCUUGAGAACCCAAGAAGAUGUGCGUGUGUGUGUGUAUAGUAUGUUUAAAUUAAUUUUCGUGGCAAUAUAUCAAAUUGUAUCAUUAUAAAAUUGGUUUUGAUAGGGCCUGGUUUGGAUGCCCACCUAAAAAUAUUCUAACAUACAACCGAAACCCGGCUUUUCUUUUUGUGAGCUCGAAAAUUCCGAAUUCCGGCUUGGUAAUUUAUAAUAUCGGCCUUUACUGUAGGAUCAAAUUUUGUAUAAAAAUUCCAAACACGAAUUAUUCUCCACUAGUCUCAAGUAAGUAAAUUAAUUAUUAAAUAAAUCAAUAUCAAAAUAAUGUUAGUAGAUAGUUUUAAUUGUAAAAGAAAUGUAUUGUUUUAUCAAAUAAAAAUAUACCAAAGAUUGUACCGAA